AUGGUAUCGGGAAGAGAGAAAAGCAGUGGUGGCGGCAAGCGUCGCAAGUUUGGAGCUUCUGCUUUAGGUCAUGAUGAUGACUCAGAUGAAGAGGGUGGGACUUUGCACCCACAUGGCUUCGCAAAAUGGACAGUACUGCGCAAACGAAUUUUCGGCAUAUUGUCUUCAGCGAAGACAGAUUGGUUUCUGGCAACAAUGAUCCUCUCAAGUGUUAUCUUCCUGAUUAUUGAUGCUGAUAUUGAAGCAAAGAGAUCUGACGGGCUGACACCAGAAGAGCAAAUGGUCGGGAAUGUCAACUCUGUCAUUGUUACAGUCUACACCUGCAUCUAUGCCGUUGAGAUGACGGCCAGGGUUUACGUCUUCCGGAUGGAUGUCUUCAGAACAGGUAUGCUCUUUGACUUUUUAAUUGUCCUAGCAGAUGUCGGCUUGCUCAUACUCGACAUGACGAUAGGAAACUCUCCAAAAAUUGGUUUCCUACGAAUGUUUCGAUUAGCACGAUUAUUCAGAUUUGUGCGAGUGGUGGGCAUGUUUCCGGAGCUGCAAUUCUUGGUCAAAGGGUUCAUUUCAUCUUUCUCGGCAGUGUUCUGGGGCUCCAUUCUGAUGUGGGCAGUAAUCCUCAUGUGGGCCAUCAUCGCGGUAUAUUGGAUCCACCCAACCCACAAGCUGAUUAUCGCUGAGAAGGUGGAGGAUAGCUGUGAACCGCAGGGCCUCGAUGCAUGGCGUGGCGUUUGGUAUUCAGUGAUCACCCUCACACAGACGGUGGUUUUUGGUGAUAGUUGGGGCACCACAGCCAUCGAGAUUAUCAAAAGGGAACCGAUAACUCUCUUCUUUUUUGCCGGGAUGUACGGUACCAUCACCCUUGGGGUGCUGAACCUGAUCGUCGCUGCCAUCGUUGACAGCGGCGCUCAAGCCCGGGAGGAGGCCUUGGAAGCCAAAAGGAGAAAGCUGCGAGCAGAAGAGAUGAAGCAGAAGGAGCGGCAGAAGAAUCGAUUGCUGGAGAUUUGUCAAGUUCUAGAUGACGAUGAAAGUGGCUCACUUUCCUUUGAAGAGCUCCUUAAUGGCUUUGAUAAGAAUACCGAGUUUAGGAAUGCAAUGAAGGACUACAACAUCAAUCGCCAAGAGUUGGAUGUGCUCUUCAGAGUAUUUGACGAAACAGGAGAAGGCGUGCUCGACUACCAGGAAUUUUUCAACCUCAUAGACAGCGCACGGGAGCAGGCCUCGCAGCAGGUUUUGACUUUCGUCCGCUUUGCCGUCAUGGACCUGAGGAAGCAGAUGGAAGCACAACACUUCACCUUGAGAAGUGAGUUAGAGGCGAUCAAAGAGAUGGUGCAGUUAUCUGAGCAGUCCGUGAACGAGCGCAUGUGUGUGGGAUCCAAGUUGGUCGCUUCUUUGGAGAAGCACCCCCUCCCCGGAGGCAAAGUCCAGGUGCUGCUAAAAGAGUACCAGUAA